AUGGUUAAGGCAGUUAUCUUUACAGACUUCGACGGCACUGUUACGUGGCAAGACUCCAACGAUUUCCUCACUGACACCAAGGGAUUUGGUAAGGAGGAAAGAACCAAAGUUUUCGAAGGCGUUCUAGACGGCACCAAAUCUUUCAGAGAUGGGUUUUGGGACAUGUUGGAAUCGGUCAAGACUCCAUUCCCCGAGUGUGUCAAGCUAAUCGAGCAGAAUAUACAGCUGGACCCUGGCUUCAAAGACACUUUCGAGUGGGCCCAGGAGAACAACGUUCCCAUCGUGGUCAUCUCCAGUGGUAUGCGUCCCUUGAUCAAAGCGCUUCUGAAAAAGCUUGUUGGUCCUGAGGCUAUCGAAAAAAUCGAAAUUGUCUCGAACGAGGUCGAAAUCGAUGACGAUGAGCAGUGGAGAAUCGUUUACAAAGAUGACUCUCCUUUCGGUCACGACAAAUCCAAAAGUAUCACUCAAUACAAGAAGAAAUUCGAAGUUGCCGGCCAGAAACCUACUUAUUUCUACUGCGGUGACGGUGUUUCCGACUUGAGCGCCGCAAAGGAGUGUGACCUGCUUUUCGCCAAGAGAGGCAAAGAUCUCGUCACAUAUUGCAAACGCCAGAACGUUCCUUUCCGUGAGUUUGACACUUUUGAGGAUAUUUUGGCAAGCAUGAAGGAUGUUCUAGCUGGCAAGAAGACUGUCGGUGAGCUAAUGCAAAAUUGA